AUGUCGAAGGGUAACGGAGUAAGUGAAUCCAUUCCAAACCGUAGAGUGUGUCACACACAUACAUACAGCGAAUUACAUAGUCUUGUUUCGGAAAUCCGUGAUCAGGUCCAGGUAAUGACCUCUUUAUUAAAUACUUCGUCCAACGAAUUGGAAGUGUUGGACGGUUUAUCAAAUACAACGAUGGAGCCAAAGCCGAAUAAAUAUGAAUUCCUAGUGAAGCCAGAUUUAGUUAUGUCGUUUACUCACUUUACGGGACGAGAGACUCCUCAACAGGCUGAAAUUUGGCUGUCGGAUGUCAAUGCCAUUGCGACGGCAAAUGAUUGGCCGUUUAAUAAUCGGUUAUACUAUGUUCGAAAAAACUUAGAGGGAGCCGCUCGCGAUUGGUUCAGUGAUAGGAAGAUCAUGGAUUGGUCUGAUUUCGAACAUCGAUUCCGAACCACUUUCAUACUCAAUACAAAUACAUUGGACCGCUACGACUUGUUGAAGGCGCGUGUCCAGAAGGAAAACGAAUGCGUUAUGGAUUAUUUCCAAUCCAAGGUACGUAUGUGCCGCCAACUAGCACUUCCGUUUGUUGAAACAAGAGAACAAGUGCUAAAAGGGUUAUUUUCGCGCGAUAUGGCUUUGUACGCGUCGAAAAGAGUUCCUCAGUCAAAAAAAGAACUUCUCCGCGAUUUGCUAAAAUGGGAGAAAAGGAAUCCAGCUCAUUCGCGGCGUUCCAAGUGCAUUGCUAAUAAAACUAGAAUGCCCGGGAAAACGAUUGUCCCAAAAACCGUUGAGAAGAUGCGGACCCGUUCAUGUCAGCGAAUGGGCCAAACAAGUGCCAGAGUGGUUGAAUCGGAGCCGCCUAGGAUCAGUCGGGUCAAUAUUCUUGCUCAUGUGAUACAAUUAAAAUCCUGGCAAUUGGAAAAUGCAUUAGGCGAAGGAAUGAGUCUGGAAGAAAAUAGUGACGAAUCUGGAGAAAAUGAUGAGACGACGGUGUGCAGACCAAUCAUGCUACAAAGGCCCCCAGGUAGGAGGAGAGAUAAUAUCUGA